UAAUUGGAUCUGUUUCACAAGACCACUGUUCAUAUAAUACUCUUAUGCUAUGAGUGACGAUUGUCAACCACUGGACCAAAUGAGUUUGUGCACUGUCCUUCUGAGUUGCUCCACAUAAUCCAAUCACAUGCGCUGAGAGGCGGGCUUAAAGGAGGCUAAUAUUGUCUUUGUCUCAGGUGAGGUCACGCGGCACAACAUGGAGACAGGUAAAGGUGAGACACUGAGGCCUGGGAGGACCAGAUGACUGACUUCUCCACUGGCAGUGAGGAGGGACUCCUGCCCAAUGCUCCAGUCUAACCCACAGCCAUUUUUUGUGGGACUCUCUUCCGAACAAUGCACAUAAGGAUAAACUUUGCUCUGCCACUUCUUGGAUUAUAGAAUUUGUUUCAUGAAAUUAUUAUAAUUAUGUCAAGAGUCCUUUGGAUCAAUUCACUCUGUGAAGACCAGUCACAAUAUGGCUUGUAAUCUAAAAUGAACAAUAAUGGAUUCAUAGCAGCUUCUUCCUGCACCAUUGCAGUGGAGUUUCCUUUUGUGGAUCUAAUCCUCGUGACUAGUAUUGACCCACUGAACCUCUAGUUUUCCCUAUCCACCCUCUUUCCCUUUAGUAGCUCAGGCCCUGGAUGAGGGUUAGAGGGGAGGUCGGCACUUUGCCAUGGCUCAUUCGUCUGACACGGCACGUAAAGACAUGACGAAUGGGGCUCAGACCAGUGCCCAGCCAGGUCCCUCGGGCACUUCUACUCUACCACGCUACCUGCACAAGAAGCAGCAGCGCCAGAAAGGAGUGAGAUCUUCCUCUCCUAUGGGGAGGGUCAUCCUCAUCAAUUCACCUGUCGAUGGUGGGGAUGAAAGUGAAGACAUCCACACAAUUACUGUGGACAAAAGUGAGGAUGGCAGGCUGGGCUUCAGUGUGCGGGGAGGCUCUGAACACGGCCUGGGGAUCUUUGUCAGCAAAGUUGAGGAUGAGAGUUCUGCAGAGUUGGCAGGCCUGUGUGUCGGGGAUAAGCUGGUUGAGGUGAAUGGAAUAAGUCUGGAGAGCAUCACUAUGAGCAGUGCUGUCAAAGUCCUCACUGGAAAUAAUCGUCUGCGCAUGGUGGUAAGACGUGUGGGGAAGGUGCCAGGUAUCCGCUAUUCGAAAGAGAAGACUACAUGGGUAGAUCUAAUUCACCGAAGAAUGGUAGUGGAAGAAAGUGGUCGCACACCUUCAGAGGCCAGUUCAGAUGGAGCCCUGCGCAGAAUAGUGCACCUUUACACAACCUCAGAUGACUACUGCCUGGGCUUCAACAUCCGCGGUGGCAAAGAGUUUGGCCUGGGCAUCUACGUCUCAAAGCUGGACCCUGGUGGCCUGGCGGAGCAAAAUGGAAUUAAAAUGGGGGAUCAGAUUCUGGCGGCCAAUGGAGUGAGUUUUGAGGACAUCACACACAGCAAUGCAGUAGAAGUGCUAAAGAGUCACACUCACGUGAUGCUGACCAUUAAGGAGGCUGGCCGAUAUCCUGCUUACAAGGAGAUGGUGGCAGAGUACAGCUGGCUUAAUAAAUUGGCUAAUGGAGGCCAGCCCGCUUCCUCCCAGGGUUCAGACUCCUACUCCUCCACUUCCUCUCUCUCCUCCGGGACGCCGGUCAGCUCUCUCAGUGGUCUCUCGCAGGUCAUGUUCCCUCCUGUGUUUGGCUCAGAGAUGGUGGAUGUCUGUAUCUCCACUGAGGACCGCUCACGCCGGCCCAGCUCUGAACGGAUAGAGACCGCCAUGCAGACGGACCCGCAGGAGCCCGAUGCCUCAUCAAGAUCUAGUAGGGUCUUAACCACAGAAACCAGCCGAACGGUUGGCGAAACUGUCAUGUUAAAAGACACAGUAAUACGCAGCGGGACUGCCAAAACUCGGACAAGGACCUUCUCUGCUGGGGAUAAAGAGACUUUGGACUCUCCUAAAACGGCAGUCCUAAUGGCUCUCAGCAAGCCUCGCAAACCCAUCCGCCGAUCUCAGAGUCACAUCACUGUGUCAGAGGACAAGCAGAAGAAAAGGAGGCAUCAAAAGGUCAAGGUAGAGACGGAGAGAAGCACCCUGCAGCGCUCCAAAACCUUUGUCAGCUUGCUCUUUAAAAGUGGACGCAGGCGGGAAAGGUCGUCCUCUAGAGACAGGAAGGACAAAGGGUCAGGUGACGGUCACAGAGGAAGAUCCAAAUCCCCAAAACAUUUAGAUAAUGAACCUGGUAAAGAGCGGGGUCGACCCAUAAUUAACCUGUUGAGUUCUCCCAGAGAGACUCGAGCUGGUAUGAGGGAGCACAGCCCCAUCCCCAGCCCGGAGACCAUGGCCAUGUUGGAGGAUAUGGCCCGCAAACUGCUCACCGAGGAUGAGGUAGUGGCUGUCAUGAGACACUGUAAAAGGUUUCUAGUUGAGCGUGUGGUUGAGGAUCUGGUGCGCCCCCUGCUGGCCAUCUUGGACAAGCCUGAGAAGCUUCUGCUGCUGAGGGAGGUUAGAAUGAUCAUCCCUCCCACAGAUCUGGGCCGUUUUGACAGUAUGGUGUUGCCCUUUGAGCUUGAAGCCUAUGACAUACUCAAAAACCGCUCUGUAAGAUCUCCUGUCCUGCAUUCUCCUCGUCAUGGUGGAACACCCCGUCGCCAUUUAAUAACCCCCAUCCCAGAUUACCGGGGUGGAUUCCACCUUCAGCCGGUACAGGAUCUGGAGAGAGAACGGCAGCUCAUUGAAGGACUGGAACGGCUGCGUUUGGCAGGUUUACCGACUGGACGUCUUCCUCCUCCUCGAGCUUUCACACCACUCUUGGAUGUACCAGUGGACACUUACAUCACAGACUCGCUCCGUAAUCGUUCACUGAGUCCUGCUCGGCCCAGCUGGACACACUCAGAGUCUCCUCACAGCGCCGAACGCACCGGACGCUCCCCCCAGAGAAAAGACAACGGUUUCCCCAGGACAUCACACCAUGACUCUUUAUCCAGCAGGGGUGAUUCUGUCCCAGAGCGAGGGAGAUCCCCUUAUAGGAAUGGACAUCGAAUGAAAUCAGACAAAUCCCAGAAUGGUAAAGAGGUAAAGCAUACCGUAAUGAGUGCACAGCGCCGGAGUAGGACACCAUUGACCCAGGUUUUUGCGCCCAGCUCGGAUCAGGGCUGGAAAGAACCAGUGAAUGGACACUCAGACAGCCAAGAAACCCCACCAGAGCAGGAGUAUGAACUAACCACAGUUACUAUCUCCAAGACCAAACAGUCCCUUGGAAUAAGCAUCUCAGGUGGGAUUGAGUCAAAGGUGCAACCAAUGGUGAAGAUAGAGAAGAUCUUUCCAGGGGGAGCGGCAUCUACUAGUAAUGUUCUGAAGGCUGGAUUCGAGCUGGUGUCGGUAGACGGAGAGUCCCUCCAAGGUGUUACACAUCAGCAUGCGGUGGAUGCCAUUCGGAGGGCUUUCAGCAACAAGGCCAAAGACCCCAUGGAGUUUAUCGUCAAAGUUCCCAAGAACCCGAGAGACUGACUGAAAGCAGCCUGAAACUCAAUGAGUUUGUAGUAAAGGCCUCAAUAUUAAUAAGGCAAAGCUCUCUUUCAUUCUUCACUUGAGUUAAAAGAAAUUUGAAAUACAUGAGCAGUGGUAAACUGUUUGUAAACAUCAUGAUGCCGCCCACACUGGUGAGAGCAGCAAUUAGAUGGAUAUGUAAAUAUGUGCAGCACACACUUCUCUCAAAAUGACAGUGGUGAGAAAACAGCAGUUUAAGGAAUAGUUCACCCAAAAGUGAAAAUUUGCUCAGGAUUUACUCAUUUAGCUUCAGAUUUACCCUCAAGCCAUCUAAGAUGUAGAUGAGUUGGUUUCUUAAUUGAAACAGAUUUGGAGAAAUAACAUUUUAACACUUGCUUAUCAAUGGAUCAGUGAAUGGGUGCCAUCAGAAUGAGAGUCCAAAGCUGAUAAAAACAUCACAGUAAUCCUCAAGUAAUCUACAUGACUUUAGUCUGGAUAUUCUGAGGGUUGGUAAAUUAUCAGCAAAUUUUCUGUAUUUUUGGGGUGAACCAUUCCUUUAAGAAAGCUGCUGAUCAUAGCGAAGUGGAUAUGUUUGCACAGGCUCUGCAAUUUGGCACUCCAGUCAAGUCAUGUCAUAUUUUUAUAGCAGAUUUACAGUACUAAACAUGGAAUAAACAGUAACAGUGUCACUUAGAAA